AUGUUUGCUAUGCUGCGUCUAUUCGUUCAAGUCUUCGUCUGCUUUAUUAUUUUUCAUUUCAAUGAUGUUGCAAAUGCUAAACUAUGCAGUGAGCCGGCGACAGAUGUCAUUUUCCUUGUUGACAACUCGGGAAGCUUAAAGGAAAAUGAAUUUCAGACAGAAUUGGAUUUCGCUGCCAAAAUGAUCAUGCAAUUUAACCUUGGACCACAGAAUUAUCAAGCUGGAUUUUACACAUUUUCCACUGACGCUCAAUCCCAUAUUCAACUUGGCAAAUUCACAGAAAACGCCGCCCUGGCAUCGAGUAUCAAACAGAUUCCUUACGUAGGAGGAUUUACAUUUUUAGGAAAGUCCUUAAAAACAGUUAAUCAAGGAUUCUCCCUGAGUGCUGGAGGCAGAAAUAACGUCAGAAAGGCGUUAAUUAUCAUCAGUGAUGGAAACACGGUUGAUGUCAAAGUUACUGCCGAGUCAGUGAAGCUCCUGCGAGAUAAUGACGUCCAGGUUUAUGCUAUUGUAUUCGGUUCCAAAGUUGAUAUGCAAUUGUCUCGUUCCUUAGUUGCCAAAUCUUCAGACUUGUUCAAGAUCUCAAAAAUUUCGGAUUUGGAUUCUGUUCUUGAUGGAGUCAAGAAAACAGUUUGCAUUGACGAAAUACCAGUUUGCGGCGUGCGUCAAAUGGAUAUUGUUUUCGUUCUGGAUGAAUCUUUUAGUGUAGAGCUUGACCAAUUCACUUUACUACGCUAUUUUGUAUCGAGGUUCGUGAGAAACUCAAAAAUAGGUCCCAAAUACGCCCAGAUAAGCAUUGUUGCGUUUGCUGAUAAAGUCAGAAACGUUUUUUGGUUGAACGACUACAAAUAUAAGGACGACGUGUCGGCACAAAUUCAUCAGCUGCAACGAAUAGGUGGUGUGACUUACACAAACCUGGCCUUGAAACACGUCAGAAUGGAGAGCUUCAAGAAAGAGCAUGGUGGACGCAGUGGAGCACAAAAAGUCGUAGUUGUGCUAACCGACGGUCAGUCUCUUAUGCCGGAAGAAACUCUCAAAGAGGCCCGAGGCUUGCACAAUAUCGGGGCUAAUGUGUUUGCUGUUGGAGUAGGACAUGAUGUUUCCCUAGAGGAAUUGAAAAAGGUCGCAUCUACUGAAGAUUAUGUAUUCCACGUCACAACUUUUGAUAUGUUAGCCGAAAUUGAACAAGAAUUUCGAAUGAAGGUUUGUAAGACUACGUGA